AUGAAUAUGUUGGAUGAUGAAGAUGACCAAAGCUUUCACGCUACGCGUGACGGCUACUCCCAUUUGAGCGAUGUCGAAUGGGAUGCGGUUGAACGGAUGGGUCCAACCAUGGGCAUCCAUGCUGUUAGCGUCAUGCUAGAGGCUCUCAAUAGAGAUGCCCAACAUGCUACUAUCGCCAAGUUCAUUCAAAAUGAACUUGACGCUGAACGCGAGAAAGUAGCCUUGCUUCACCAACAAGGUUCUCAACAAGCAGAUUUGUUGAGAGAACAGGGUGCUCAACAAUUUGAACUGUUGAGACAGCAGCAGGCUGCUGCUGGCGGGUCGAUGCACUCGCGUCGACCCGAGAUUGACAUCUCUAAGUACGACGCCAUAAGGGCGCGUCGCAUCGACGACUGGGAUGUGCAAGUUGCAUUUGCCCAAUCAAAUCUGGCAGGACGUGCCAAGACUUGGGCACUGGGGCUCGAGUUGCACGACCCAUAUGCGUUUGGGUCGUUGGAAGUCUUCAAGUCGCGGCUCAGACAAACGUUUGAACCGCCUAGAGCUGAGUUCAAAGCUCGAACCGAACUCUUGAAGCUCAAACAGGGUAAGCGUGAUGUGCACGCUUACGCACAACAUAUACGACAUCUCACGAGUUGUAUAAAUUCCAACCCGGUGGAUGAACACACGUUGAUUUCGGUGUCCAUGCAGGGUCUAGCGGAUGGUUCCGUCAAGACUCACCUGUUCCGACUUGAACUAGAUUCACUAGAACAAGCCAUUUCCAUUGCGGAACAGGAAGACUUCAGUCUGAGACAGGCUCGCGCCAGCUCGACAUCAUAUCGUCCACCGAGACGAUAUGACAGCGGAAGUCCAGAGCCGAUGGAACUCUGUCAUGUAGAGAGCGAGAAUGUUCGCUCUACAGACUACAAGAAGUUGCAGAAAUGCAACAGAUGUCAAAAGACAGGACACUACGCUUACGAGUGUAGUGCUCCUCGUCCAGUGUCUCGCAGCACUGGGCGUAAUGACCGUCCACCCAUGAGAAAGGGGCAGGGACGCGGGUCCGCUGUUGGUGCAAAGACGCAACAACGGGAUGGACCGUCAAAAAACAGACAGGAUCAGUAG